AUGGGUCAGUCGCUCACUACCCAGGAGAAACACAACAUUAAACGUGAAAUAUACACUCUGUACCCCGGCCUGGAGCAGCAGCUAGAGAUGGCAUUUAGCUGUCACGACGUGGAGGGCACUCUGACGCUUCCGUACGCUACUCUCGAGCCCGUUAUUCGCCAUCUGCUAAUGCAGUAUGGGCUGAUUGAGUACGUCACAAGAUUUAGCAAAGAGUCUGGUGCCCUUGAUCCUUCUCAUGUGCGCCACGAGCUGGCGGAGUUUGGGGUUGCGACUACUCGCCUCUUCGGAGAUGCAAACCUCAACGUGGACGAUUUUAAGAGCCUUGCAGUUGUGUGGCUCAAGAAGAUACUUGACACUCAUGCUGACGACCAGGCGGAGUGGAUGGAGAAGCUGCGCGCUGACCAAGAAGAGCAAAGUGCCAACUAUGCAAAGGCCAUGAAGGAGUUCCAGGAACAGUAUGUCAAGCAGCAGGCCGUAUACCAACAGGGACUGGAGGAACAACAAAAACAAAUCCAAGACUGGAACAGGCUUCUUGAGGAUGCGCACAAAACGCAGCAGCAGAUCUACGACGAAGAGGUCCGCCGUAUGAAGGAAAUCCAAGAGAGGGAAGCCCGAGCCUCUGAAAUUGCUCGUCAAGAAGAACUGGAGCUGAUUCGCAAGUACCAGCAAAAGCUUGAGGAAAUCGCAAGAUCGGAAGGCGGCAAGUGUUUCGUCUACCCGGCAAGCAAAACUCCCUAUGGCGCAUGCGCCUCAGCUGGUGCCCAAGAACCAUGCAGGAGGAAGAGAAGCCAAGCUCGCAGGGAGCAGAGGCCAGCGAAGGGUUGCUGCUAA